UUUUUUAAAAGAAAAAUGAUAUGCUUCAAAGCCUUUAUUUGGAUAAUAUGCUGUAUAUCACUUACUAAUGCAUUACUGAAUGAUACUAUCACUGACAAUGCCACAAUGGUAUGCCCACCAAUUCUUGAUAAAGCUGUAAAAGGUGGGUUUAUUAAUCGUAUUGUAGCAUGUUCCUUUAAUAAACAAAGUUGCAGCUAUCAAAUAUCUGGUUUUAACAAAAGUGUAGAUUUUCCAUCUGCAAGACUUCCAAACACUUCUUUUGCUUCAAGCAAUGGUCCUGGUUAUAUAUAUGGAAAUACUGGUUCAUUUCGUAUCGAUGUUCCAGCAAGCUUAUAUGAUGAUAUACAAAAUUUUGAUCUUUAUAUAACAAUUGCGUAUUUCUUUCAAAUUGGACCAUACUAUUUUGGAGUGGCAAAUACUGGCAGAAUUUUUUACAAUUCUUCAAGUAUAAUUACAAAUAACUCCUAUUCAGUUAAUUGGGUUGUAUUAAAUGCAAGAUAUCCUCAUACUUCACCUGGUUUUAAUUUUAAUCUUUAUGGAAAUGGUGAAUUCAUAAGAUUUGACGAUAUCUGCAUUUAUCAAGUCUGUAAAACUGGUUUUUUAUUCAAUAGUUCAUCAAAUCUAUGUGAAGACUUAAAUGAAUGUGCUUUAUCAAGUACAAACAAUUGCACAGCUAAUGCUAGCUGUAAUAACUUUGUUGGUGGAUACAAUUGUACAUGUAAAAGUGGUUUCAAUGCAAGUAAUGGUGGAAUAGAAUUGCUAUCUAAUCUUUGUUUAGACAUCAAUGAAUGUGAACUUUCAAGCAAAAACAACUGCUCUGCUAAUGCCAUAUGCAAUAAUUUGGUCGGUGGAUACAACUGCACAUGUAAAAGUGGGUUCAAUACUAGUGACGGAGGAAUAGAAUCUCUUUCAAAUCAGUGUUUAGACGUUAAUGAAUGUGUUUUGUCAAACAAAAACAACUGCUCAGUUAAUGCGACCUGUAACAAUUUUGCUGGCGGAUACAACUGCACAUGUAAAAGUGGGUUCAACACAAGUAACGGUGGAAUAGAAUCUCUUUCAAACCAGUGUUUGGACAUUAAUGAGUGUGCUUUGUCAAACAAAAACAACUGCUCAGUUAAUGCAAUCUGUAACAAUUUUGUUGGUGGAUAUAAUUGCACAUGUAAAAGUGGUUUCAACACAAGUAGCGGUGGAGUAGAGGCGCUCCUGAGCCAAUGUCUUGACAUCAAUGAAUGUGAACUUUCAAGCAAAAACAACUGCUCUGCUAAUGCCAUAUGCAAUAAUUUGGUCGGUGGAUACAACUGCACAUGUAAAAGUGGGUUCAAUACUAGUGACGGAGGAAUAGAAUCUCUUUCAAAUCAGUGUUUAGACGUUAAUGAAUGUGUUUUGUCAAACAAAAACAACUGCUCAGUUAAUGCGACCUGUAACAAUUUUGCUGGCGGAUACAACUGCACAUGUAAAAGUGGGUUCAACACAAGUAACGGUGGAAUAGAAUCUCUUUCAAACCAGUGUUUGGACAUUAAUGAGUGUGCUUUGUCAAACAAAAACAACUGCUCAGUUAAUGCAAUCUGUAACAAUUUUGUUGGUGGAUAUAAUUGCACAUGUAAAAGCGGUUUCAACACAAGUAGCGGUGGAGUAGAGGCGCUCCUGAGCCAAUGUCUUGACAUCAAUGAAUGUGAACUUUCAAGCAAAAACAACUGCUCUGCUAAUGCCAUAUGCAAUAAUUUGGUCGGUGGAUACAACUGCACAUGUAAAAGUGGGUUCAAUACUAGUGACGGAGGAAUAGAAUCUCUUUCAAAUCAGUGUUUAGACGUUAAUGAAUGUGUUUUGCCAAACAAAAACAACUGCUCAGUUAAUGCGACCUGUAACAAUUUUGCUGGCGGAUACAACUGCACAUGUAAAAGUGGGUUCAACACAAGUAACGGUGGAAUAGAAUCUCUUUCAAACCAGUGUUUGGACAUUAAUGAGUGUGCUUUGUCAAACAAAAACAACUGCUCAGUUAAUGCAAUCUGUAACAAUUUUGUUGGUGGAUAUAAUUGCACAUGUAAAAGCGGUUUCAACACAAGUAGCGGUGGAGUAGAGGCGCUCCUGAGCCAAUGUCUUGACAUCAAUGAAUGUGAACUUUCAAGCAAAAACAACUGCUCUGCUAAUGCCAUAUGCAAUAAUUUGGUCGGUGGAUACAACUGCACAUGUAAAAGUGGGUUCAAUACUAGUGACGGAGGAAUAGAAUCUCUUUCAAAUCAGUGUUUAGACGUUAAUGAAUGUGUUUUGUCAAACAAAAACAACUGCUCAGUUAAUGCGACCUGUAACAAUUUUGCUGGCGGAUACAACUGCACAUGUAAAAGUGGGUUCAACACAAGUAACGGUGGAAUAGAAUCUCUUUCAAACCAGUGUUUGGACAUUAAUGAGUGUGCUUUGUCAAACAAAAACAACUGCUCAGUUAAUGCAAUCUGUAACAAUUUUGUUGGUGGAUAUAAUUGCACAUGUAAAAGUGGUUUCAACACAAGUAGCGGUGGAGUAGAGGCGCUCCUGAGCCAAUGUCUUGACAUCAAUGAAUGUGAACUUUCAAGCAAAAACAACUGCUCUGCUAAUGCCAUAUGCAAUAAUUUGGUCGGUGGAUACAACUGCACAUGUAAAAGUGGGUUCAAUACUAGUGACGGAGGAAUAGAAUCUCUUUCAAAUCAGUGUUUAGACGUUAAUGAAUGUGUUUUGUCAAACAAAAACAACUGCUCAGUUAAUGCGACCUGUAACAAUUUUGCUGGCGGAUACAACUGCACAUGUAAAAGUGGGUUCAACACAAGUAACGGUGGAAUAGAAUCUCUUUCAAACCAGUGUUUGGACAUUAAUGAGUGUGCUUUGUCAAACAAAAACAACUGCUCAGUUAAUGCAAUCUGUAACAAUUUUGUUGGUGGAUAUAAUUGCACAUGUAAAAGUGGUUUCAACACAAGUAGCGGUGGAGUAGAGGCGCUCCUGAGCCAAUGUCUUGACAUCAAUGAAUGUGAACUUUCAAGCAAAAACAACUGCUCUGCUAAUGCCAUAUGCAAUAAUUUGGUCGGUGGAUACAACUGCACAUGUAAAAGUGGGUUCAAUACUAGUGACGGAGGAAUAGAAUCUCUUUCAAAUCAGUGUUUAGACGUUAAUGAAUGUGUUUUGUCAAACAAAAACAACUGCUCAGUUAAUGCGACCUGUAACAAUUUUGCUGGCGGAUACAACUGCACAUGUAAAAGUGGGUUCAACACAAGUAACGGUGGAAUAGAAUCUCUUUCAAACCAGUGUUUGGACAUUAAUGAGUGUGCUUUGUCAAACAAAAACAACUGCUCAGUUAAUGCAAUCUGUAACAAUUUUGUUGGUGGAUAUAAUUGCACAUGUAAAAGUGGUUUCAACACAAGUAGCGGUGGAGUAGAGGCGCUCCUGAGCCAAUGUCUUGACAUCAAUGAAUGUGAACUUUCAAGCAAAAACAACUGCUCUGCUAAUGCCAUAUGCAAUAAUUUGGUCGGUGGAUACAACUGCACAUGUAAAAGUGGGUUCAAUACUAGUGACGGAGGAAUAGAAUCUCUUUCAAAUCAGUGUUUAGACGUUAAUGAAUGUGUUUUGUCAAACAAAAACAACUGCUCAGUUAAUGCGACCUGUAACAAUUUUGCUGGCGGAUACAACUGCACAUGUAAAAGUGGGUUCAACACAAGUAACGGUGGAAUAGAAUCUCUUUCAAACCAGUGUUUGGACAUUAAUGAGUGUGCUUUGUCAAACAAAAACAACUGCUCAGUUAAUGCAAUCUGUAACAAUUUUGUUGGUGGAUAUAAUUGCACAUGUAAAAGUGGUUUCAACACAAGUAGCGGUGGAGUAGAGGCGCUCCUGAGCCAAUGUCUUGACAUCAAUGAAUGUGAACUUUCAAGCAAAAACAACUGCUCUGCUAAUGCCAUAUGCAAUAAUUUGGUCGGUGGAUACAACUGCACAUGUAAAAGUGGGUUCAAUACUAGUGACGGAGGAAUAGAAUCUCUUUCAAAUCAGUGUUUAGACGUUAAUGAAUGUGUUUUGUCAAACAAAAACAACUGCUCAGUUAAUGCGACCUGUAACAAUUUUGCUGGCGGAUACAACUGCACAUGUAAAAGUGGGUUCAACACAAGUAACGGUGGAAUAGAAUCUCUUUCAAACCAGUGUUUGGACAUUAAUGAGUGUGCUUUGUCAAACAAAAACAACUGCUCAGUUAAUGCAAUCUGUAACAAUUUUGUUGGUGGAUAUAAUUGCACAUGUAAAAGUGGUUUCAACAUAAGUAGCGGUGGAGUAGAGGCGCUCCUGAGCCAAUGUCUUGACAUCAAUGAAUGUGAACUUUCAAGCAAAAACAACUGCUCUGCUAAUGCCAUAUGCAAUAAUUUGGUCGGUGGAUACAACUGCACAUGUAAAAGUGGGUUCAAUACUAGUGACGGAGGAAUAGAAUCUCUUUCAAAUCAGUGUUUAGACGUUAAUGAAUGUGUUUUGUCAAACAAAAACAACUGCUCAGUUAAUGCGACCUGUAACAAUUUUGCUGGCGGAUACAACUGCACAUGUAAAAGUGGGUUCAACACAAGUAACGGUGGAAUAGAAUCUCUUUCAAACCAGUGUUUGGACAUUAAUGAGUGUGCUUUGUCAAACAAAAACAACUGCUCAGUUAAUGCAAUCUGUAACAAUUUUGUUGGUGGAUAUAAUUGCACAUGUAAAAGUGGUUUCAACACAAGUAGCGGUGGAGUAGAGGCGCUCCUGAGCCAAUGUCUUGACAUCAAUGAAUGUGAACUUUCAAGCAAAAACAACUGCUCUGCUAAUGCCAUAUGCAAUAAUUUGGUCGGUGGAUACAACUGCACAUGUAAAAGUGGGUUCAAUACUAGUGACGGAGGAAUAGAAUCUCUUUCAAAUCAGUGUUUAGACGUUAAUGAAUGUGUUUUGUCAAACAAAAACAACUGCUCAGUUAAUGCGACCUGUAACAAUUUUGCUGGCGGAUACAACUGCACAUGUAAAAGUGGGUUCAACACAAGUAACGGUGGAAUAGAAUCUCUUUCAAACCAGUGUUUGGACAUUAAUGAGUGUGCUUUGUCAAACAAAAACAACUGCUCAGUUAAUGCAAUCUGUAACAAUUUUGUUGGUGGAUAUAAUUGCACAUGUAAAAGUGGUUUCAACACAAGUAGCGGUGGAGUAGAGGCGCUCCUGAGCCAAUGUCUUGACAUCAAUGAAUGUGAACUUUCAAGCAAAAACAACUGCUCUGCUAAUGCCAUAUGCAAUAAUUUGGUCGGUGGAUACAACUGCACAUGUAAAAGUGGGUUCAAUACUAGUGACGGAGGAAUAGAAUCUCUUUCAAAUCAGUGUUUAGACGUUAAUGAAUGUGUUUUGUCAAACAAAAACAACUGCUCAGUUAAUGCGACCUGUAACAAUUUUGCUGGCGGAUACAACUGCACAUGUAAAAGUGGGUUCAACACAAGUAACGGUGGAAUAGAAUCUCUUUCAAACCAGUGUUUGGACAUUAAUGAGUGUGCUUUGUCAAACAAAAACAACUGCUCAGUUAAUGCAAUCUGUAACAAUUUUGUUGGUGGAUAUAAUUGCACAUGUAAAAGUGGUUUCAACACAAGUAGCGGUGGAGUAGAGGCGCUCCUGAGCCAAUGUCUUGACAUCAAUGAAUGUGAACUUUCAAGCAAAAACAACUGCUCUGCUAAUGCCAUAUGCAAUAAUUUGGUCGGUGGAUACAACUGCACAUGUAAAAGUGGGUUCAAUACUAGUGACGGAGGAAUAGAAUCUCUUUCAAAUCAGUGUUUAGACGUUAAUGAAUGUGUUUUGCCAAACAAAAACAACUGCUCAGUUAAUGCGACCUGUAACAAUUUUGCUGGCGGAUACAACUGCACAUGUAAAAGUGGGUUCAACACAAGUAACGGUGGAAUAGAAUCUCUUUCAAACCAGUGUUUGGACAUUAAUGAGUGUGCUUUGUCAAACAAAAACAACUGCUCAGUUAAUGCAAUCUGUAACAAUUUUGUUGGUGGAUAUAAUUGCACAUGUAAAAGCGGUUUCAACACAAGUAGCGGUGGAGUAGAGGCGCUCCUGAGCCAAUGUCUUGACAUCAAUGAAUGUGAACUUUCAAGCAAAAACAACUGCUCUGCUAAUGCCAUAUGCAAUAAUUUGGUCGGUGGAUACAACUGCACAUGUAAAAGUGGGUUCAAUACUAGUGACGGAGGAAUAGAAUCUCUUUCAAAUCAGUGUUUAGACGUUAAUGAAUGUGUUUUGCCAAACAAAAACAACUGCUCAGUUAAUGCGACCUGUAACAAUUUUGCUGGCGGAUACAACUGCACAUGUAAAAGUGGGUUCAACACAAGUAACGGUGGAAUAGAAUCUCUUUCAAACCAGUGUUUGGACAUUAAUGAGUGUGCUUUGUCAAACAAAAACAACUGCUCAGUUAAUGCAAUCUGUAACAAUUUUGUUGGUGGAUAUAAUUGCACAUGUAAAAGCGGUUUCAACACAAGUAGCGGUGGAGUAGAGGCGCUCCUGAGCCAAUGUCUUGACAUCAAUGAAUGUGAACUUUCAAGCAAAAACAACUGCUCUGCUAAUGCCAUAUGCAAUAAUUUGGUCGGUGGAUACAACUGCACAUGUAAAAGUGGGUUCAAUACUAGUGACGGAGGAAUAGAAUCUCUUUCAAAUCAGUGUUUAGACGUUAAUGAAUGUGUUUUGCCAAACAAAAACAACUGCUCAGUUAAUGCGACCUGUAACAAUUUUGCUGGCGGAUACAACUGCACAUGUAAAAGUGGGUUCAACACAAGUAACGGUGGAAUAGAAUCUCUUUCAAACCAGUGUUUGGACAUUAAUGAGUGUGCUUUGUCAAACAAAAACAACUGCUCAGUUAAUGCAAUCUGUAACAAUUUUGUUGGUGGAUAUAAUUGCACAUGUAAAAGCGGUUUCAACACAAGUAGCGGUGGAGUAGAGGCGCUCCUGAGCCAAUGUCUUGACAUCAAUGAAUGUGAACUUUCAAGCAAAAACAACUGCUCUGCUAAUGCCAUAUGCAAUAAUUUGGUCGGUGGAUACAACUGCACAUGUAAAAGUGGGUUCAAUACUAGUGACGGAGGAAUAGAAUCUCUUUCAAAUCAGUGUUUAGACGUUAAUGAAUGUGUUUUGCCAAACAAAAACAACUGCUCAGUUAAUGCGACCUGUAACAAUUUUGCUGGCGGAUACAACUGCACAUGUAAAAGUGGGUUCAACACAAGUAACGGUGGAAUAGAAUCUCUUUCAAACCAGUGUUUGGACAUUAAUGAGUGUGCUUUGUCAAACAAAAACAACUGCUCAGUUAAUGCAAUCUGUAACAAUUUUGUUGGUGGAUAUAAUUGCACAUGUAAAAGCGGUUUCAACACAAGUAGCGGUGGAGUAGAGGCGCUCCUGAGCCAAUGUCUUGACAUCAAUGAAUGUGACUUUUCCAACAAUAACAACUGCUCAGUUAAUGCAAUCUGUAAUAAUUUUGUUGGUGGAUACAAUUGCACAUGUAAAAGUGGUUUCAACACAACUAACGGUGGAAUUGAGUUGCUUUCAAAUCAAUGUCUAGAUAUUGACGAAUGUGCUUUGUCAAGCAAAAGCAAUUGCUCAGUUAAUGCAAUAUGUAUAAAUUUUGUUGGAGGGUACAAUUGCAUGUGUAAAAGUGGUUUCAUUACAAGUAUGGGUGAAGUAGAAACUCUAACAGACCUUUGUGUUGUCAAUCAAUGCAUUGUUGCAAAUCCUUGCAAUUGGUCAAACAGUCUUUGCUUAUACAAUAAUGGGAACUAUGAGUGCAAGUGUAAACCUGGUUGGGUUUUGGGUAACAGCAAUGUCAGCUGUGUUGAUUUUGAUGAAUGUUCUCAAGGUGUAUGUGGAGAUUUGAACUGUGUGAACAAAAUUGGUUCUUAUGAGUGUCAGUGCUUGUUUGGAACAAUAUUCAAUUCAUCAUCAAUGUUGUGUGAAGUUGUAAAUGAAUGCCAAGGAAUGAUAAAUGAGUAUAUAUGCAAUCCAGCUGAAGGCUUGUGUGUUAAUGUUCGCUUUCCUUUACAACCUAAAUGUCUCUGUCCUAAAGGCUAUGCAAUAUCAUUAGAAAAACGUACAUGUGAAGAUGUCAAUGAGUGCUUAACGUGGUGUUUAGGUCCAAAUGCAAAAUGUCAAAACUAUGUUGGUGGUUAUCAGUGCACGUGUGCUGCUGGGUUUUCAUUUAAUUACGGAAUGCAUCAAUGUACUCGAAUCAAAAAUGAAACUUCAGACAAACUUUAUAAAGUAAUCACGGUGUUAAAAAGAAGAGGCUGUCGUUCUCUUCGUCAGAAAUGUAGUUAAUCGAAAAGUUUUGAAAAAAUAUAAUAAAAUAAUUAGUAUUUAAAGUUCAAAUCUGAUAAGUUCCAUCUA